CGAAAACUAAAGUUGGCGCGCGCAUCGUGUCUCUUCUAGUAAACCGAAGGAAGGGGACAAAACAGUGGAACCUCGCCGUUAAGCGAGCAGACUUUUUAAAGGCAUCACGUCACCCAGACACAGAAUGAAGGAAGAAGCAGCUGCUGUUUACUGGAACAUCAAAAUGGACGUGAAAGAGGAGGAGUGUGAGGCUGACACAAAUACAAUGGAGUUAAGGACUGUCAAUAUUAAGGAAGAGGACUGUGAAGGGGAGCCUUUCAACCCUAACCAGGAGAACCUCUGCAUUAAAGAUGAGGAUUAUGAACUGGUAACUGUGGGCAUUAAAGAAGAGGCUGAAGAGAUGUCUUUCAGCAUCGAGAUGCACAAACAUAAAAUUUUGCGGUGUGACGACGUCAAGAUGAGGUCUGAAUCAUUACAGUCUGACGUAAACCAGACUGAGGAAAUUUCAUCUGUUGGAACUCAGGAAGGUCAAGCAAAGCCUUCAAAUUGUUCUGAAAUAAGAGUCAAACGUCACUGCUGUUUUGAAUGUGGCAAACAAUUUUCAAAAAAGUGUAAUCUUCAGAUCCACACAAGGAUUCACACUGGGGAAAAGCCAUAUUGCUGUUUGGAAUGUGACAAACGAUUCUGUAGCAGUAGUGAUCUUCGGAAGCACACCAGAAUUCACACUGGAGAGAAGCCAUAUUGUUGUUCUGAAUGUGGAAAACAGUUUCUGAAAAGGAGCAAUCUUCAGACCCACACAAGAAUUCACAGUGGAGAGAAGCCAUACUGCUGUUCGGAUUGUGGCAAACAAUUCUCGCAUCUCGGCAAUCUUCACACCCAUACAAGAAUUCAUACUGGAGAGAAGCCAUUUUGCUGUUCGGAAUGUGACAAACAAUUCUGUGACAGCAGUUCUCUUAAGAAACACACAAGGAUUCACACUGGAGAGAAGCCAUUUUGCUGUUCAGAAUGUGACAAACGAUUCCGUAGCAGUAGUGAUCUUCAGAAACACACAAGAAUUCACACUGGCGAAAAGCCAUAUUUUUGUUUGGAAUGUGAAAAACGAUUCCGUAGCAGUAGUGAUCUUCAGAAACACAACAGAAUUCACACUAGGACUCCCUCACUGCUUGUAACAAAGUCCUAACUAAAAAUCAAUUUGCAGUCUGUCUUCUCCAACAGUUUUGGAAUAACCAACUGGUAAAAAAUGGUAUUUAUAAAGUAGACAAGAUGAGAAAGCUGCUGCUUGCCUAAUUACAAUUUUACCAGAACCGGUGUAUUCUUAGGGAUUAUAUCCCAACAUCAGAAAGCGGUAUGGGCCUAACUGAAAUUGACUGCACUUCUAGGUUAGCAAACUGGACUACAGUCUUCCCUAUUAAACUCUAAGGAACCAAAUGUAGAAAAAGUGUUUAAACACAAAUCAAGUAAACCGAAGACGACCUCCGUAUUCAAACUUACUCAUCUGCUUUGACAAAAUGAAUGGCAGAAACUCCACCAGUUUGUGCACAGAUGGAUGCUACAUAGUAGGAACAAGAAUUUAAAAAAAUUAAACCACUGGAAGAGAAGAAACAAUUGACAAGACCAUAAACAUAGUGUUAAAGAUGCAGCCCUUCUGGAAUAUCUCCAGGUGGACAAGGAUUUACCCAUGGAAUGUUCAUAAGGGGUUAACUAUGACUAAAAGUGAACACCUAAUCAUGUCCACACAAGACAGUGGUGACCUGCACACAACGCUUACUGUAAACCUAUGGAAGGAAGUAAGAAAUAAAGCAGUACAACUGAACUGUCCUGACCCAAGAGUGAGGGUUCCCUCCUGUCUUAAUAGUAAGCACACCAAGAAAAUUUGGAGAAGUUAAUUGGAGAGGAGUACAUUGCUGUUUGGAACGUGAAUGAGUUUCCACACAAGUGGACUCUUCAGAGUCAUGAAAGGAUCAAGUGUAUAAUGAGUAAGAUAUUAAGAGGACUAGACGCCAGUCUAGUGGUCAAUUGAAGAUAAAGAAGACAUCAUGUACUGGUAUUUCUAUGAAACUGAUCCCAAAUUUCUAACUUAAGGGUAUACUAGGUUGGCUUGCUUACAACAGGGAUUUAGAAAUAUAAUCUCAAUUUUCAAAUUGGAUAACUAACCCAAAUUUACUGUCUCCGAUUGUAGUAAGUAGAAAUUAGAAGAAACCCCCAAAGAACAGAGAAAAAACAAAUAUGGAAAAAAGCAGCAUUUACUUUACCACCGUGAAUGUAGCAGCAGCCAAAUUGAAUAUAUUUUUAAAGAAAAAUACUGAUAUUUUCAUAAACAGAUUAAAACAUGAAGGCUCAAAUCCAAAAAUAUGUGACUAGAAAAUUAUCACCUGGAAGUGAAAUGUCCUCAAACGCAACCGAUUUUUCAGCUAGGAAAAUACAAACAAUAAACGGAGGAGUUAAAUGGAGGAAUGGAAGUACCGUAGACUGAAAGUGACAACAAAAGUUUAAAAAAGCAUCAAGGGAAGAUCAGCGCAGUGGUCAAUGUAGAAGAGCAACCAGAAUGACUCAAAUCAAUAAGACUAUCAAUAGUUCCACUCCCACUAAAAUCCACUGGGUGCAGAUGUUAUACCCGACUUCUUAUUUGAGUACUUAACAUCCCAACACUAGUUUAUGGAUGAGUGAAAAAGUAAGUCAGGGUGUGCAAACAGAAGGAAAAUAAAAAAUAUAUUGUAUGUCAUUUUGAACAAAAGAAAUAAUCACUCGGUGCCGCAAGAGACGCAAAAACCUGAAUGUGGCCUGGAUUGAGUAUAAAAACAUCUGUGGGUGCAUGCCUCACAGUGGGACCCUGAAUUCAUUCUUCUUCUUCUUUCGGCUGCUCCCGUUAGGGGUUGCCACAGCGGAUCAUCUUCUUCCAUAACUUUCUGUCCUUGUCAUCUUGUUCUGUUACACCCAUCACCUGCAUGUCCUCUCUUGCCACAUCCAUAAACGUCCUCUUAGGUCUUCCUCUUCCCUGGCAGCUCUAUCCUUAGCAUCCUUCUCCCAAUAUACUCAACAUCUCUCCACUGCACAUGUCCAAACUAAUGCAAUCUCACCUCUCUGACUUUGUCUCCCAACUGUCCAACUUGAGCUGACCCUCUAAUGUCCUCAUUUCUAAUCCUAUUCAUCUUCGUCACACCCAAUGCAAAUCUUACAUUCUUUAACUCUGUCACCUCCAGCUCUGUCUCCUGCUUUCUGGUCAAUGCCACCGUUUCCAGCCCAUAUAACAUAGCUGGUUUCACUACCAUCCUGUAGACCUUCCCUUUCACUCUUGCUGAUACCCGUCUGUCACAAAUCACUCCUGACACUCUUCUCCACCCACUCCAUCCUGCCUGCACUCUCUUUUUCACUUCUCUUCCACAACCCCCAUUACUCUGUACUGUUGAUCCCAAGUAAUUAAACUCUUCCACCUUCGCCAACUCUACACCUUGCAUCCUAACCAUUCCUCUGACCUCCCUCUCAUGUACACACAUGUAUUCUGUCUUGUUCCUACUGACCUUUAUUCCUCUCCUCUCUAGAGCAGAUCUCCACCUCUCCAGGGUCUCCUCGACCUGCUCCCUACUAUCUCUACAGAUCACAAUGUCAUCAGCAAACAUCAUAGUCCACGGGGACUCCUAUCUACUCUCAUCUGUCAACCUGUCCAUCACCAUUGCAAAUAAGAAAGGUCUCAGAGCAGAUCCCUGAUGUAAUCCCACCUCCACCUUGAAUGCAUCCGUCACUCCUUCCCUCGUACAUAUCCUGUACAACUCUUACAUACUUCUCUGCCACUCCCGACUUCCUCAUACAAUACCACAGCUGCUCUCGAGGCAUCCUGUCAUAUGCUUUCUCCAGGUCCACAAAGACACAAUGCAACUCUUUCUGGCCUUCUCUAAACUUCUCCAUCAACAUCCUCAAAGCAAACAUCACAUCUGUGGUGCUCUUUCUUGGCAUGAAACCAUACUGCUGCUCACUAAUCAUCAUCUCACUUCUUAACCGAGCUUCCACUGCUCUUUCCCAUAACUUCAUGCUGUGGCUCAUCAAUUUUAUCCCCCUGUAGUUACUGCAGUCCUGCACAUCCCCCUUAUUCUUAAAUAUCAGCACCAGUACACUUCUUCUCCACUCCUCAGGCAUCCUCUCACUUUCCAAGAUUCCAUUAAACAAUCUGGUUAAAAACUCCACUGCCAUCUCUCCUAAACACCUGCAUGCUUCCAUAGGUAUGUCAUCUGGACCAACGGCUCCACUAUCUUCACAUCAUCCAACCUCUUUUCUCUCUCGUUCUCUUCAUUCAUCAGCCUCUCAAAGUACUCUUUCCAUCUGCUCAACACACUCUCCUCGCUUGUGAGUACGUUUCCAUCUUUAUCCUUUAUCACCCUAACCUGCUGCACGUCUUUCCCAGCUCGGUCCCCCUGUCUAGCCCACCAGUCCAUUUCUCCCUCCUUAGUGUCCAACCUCUCAUACAACUCAUCACACACCUUUUUUUAGCCUUCGCCACCUCUCUCUUCACCUUGUGCCUUAUCUCCUUGUACUCUUUACUACCUUCUGUAUCUCUCCCCCUUCUAUCCCACUUCUUCUUUGUCAUCCUCUUCCUCUGUAUACUCUCCUGUACUUCCCCAUUCCACCACCAGGUUUCCUUUUCCUCUUUCCAGAUGUCACGCCAAGCACCCUUCUUGCUGUCACCCUUACUGCAUUUGCUGUAGUUACCCAACUGUCUGGUAACUCUUCACUGCCACCCAGUGCCUGUCUCACCUUCUCCCUAAACUCAACCUUGCAGUCUUCCUUUUUCAACUUCCACCAUUUGAUCCUUGGCUCUGCCCUCACUCUCUUCCUCUUCUUGAUCUCCAACGUCAUCCUACAGACCACCAUCCUAUGCUGCUUAACUGCACUUUCCCCUGCCACCACUUUGCAGUCUUCAAUCUCCUUCAGAUCAACUCUUCUGCAUAGGAUGUAAUCUACCUGUGUGCAUCGUCCUCCACUCUUGUACGUCACUCUAUGAUCCUCCCUCUUCUUAAAAUACAUAUUCACCACAGCCAUUUCCAUCCUUUUGGCAAAAUCCACUAUCCUCUGACCUUCUUCAUUCCUCUCCUUGACACCAUACCUACCCAUCACCUCCUCGUCUCCACUGUUCCCUUCACCAACAUGUUCAUUGAAAUCCGCUCCAAUCACCACUUUGUCCCUUGAGUAUACUGUUCAUCACUUCAUCCAACUCACUUCAGAAAUCAUCUUUUUCAUCCAUCGCACACCCAACUUAAUUUCCAGCUUCAUAAUCAUUACUCUGUCUGACACUCUUUUCACCUCCUAAACACUCUUGACAUACUGUUCCUUCAGAAUUACUCCUGCCCCAUUUCUCCUCCCAUCCACACCAUGAUAGAACAAUUUGAAUCCCCCUCCGAUCCACCUGGCCUUACUCCCCUUCCAUUGAGUCUCUUGCACGCACAAAAUAUCAACCUUCCUUCUCUCCAUCAUAUCUACUAACUCUCUCCCCUUACUAGUCAUACUGCCAACAUUCAAAGUUCCUACCCUCAGUUCCACUCUCUUUACCUUCCUCCUCUCGUCCUGCCUCUGGAUACGUCUCCCCCCUCUUCUUUUGCUGUGUCCCACUGUAAUGUGAACACGUCUGUCUACUGAAACGGCACACACAUGGCACAUGGAUAACAUUAAUGUAUGACAUCUCAUAGAAUUACAUUUAGGUAUCGGUGUGUUGACAUUUGCUUUUCUUUAUGCUGUUCAAAGGAUGGAAUGUGAAACCAUAAAGUAAAGGACCGUUCAAGAGGCCUCUGUGACUGUACCUGGAUUUACAGGAAAAACCUGGAGAAGAACAGGAAGUACAAGCAAUGGGGGGUUUCAGGGCUGAAAACUUACAGAUCAAAGGCAGAUUUUUUCUUUUUUUUUAAUGUAUUCAUGUUUAGCUGUGUUCCAUGUCCACUUAAAAUAUGAGAAUCAGAGGGUUGGGCCACCAUAACAUUCAGCUGGAGGGCCAUCCUGUGCCCUUUUACACAAGGCAGAGAGUCUCAUCCAUCUGAACUGUAUUGUGGGUUGUGGUGUUUAGAUCGUUAGGAAGUAUUAUUGGAUAAUGUUUGAUUUUUGCUGUUUUUUGUGAUUUCAGAAUUUAAUUGUAGGUGUCAUAUGGUUAUGUUUAG